CCCGCCGCCCGCCGCCCGCCGGGUCUUUCCACCCGCUGCCGUUCCUUACGGUAGCUCCCGGCCCGCGUUAAGCGGGUCCCCGCGGCUUCCGGGCCAUGAGCGUGGGUUUCAUCGGCGCGGGCCAGCUGGCCUGUGCCCUGGCGCGGGGCUUCACGGCUGCAGGCAUCCUGUCGGCUCACAAGAUCAUCGCCAGCUCCCCGGAGAUGGACCUGCCCACGGUGUCCGCGCUCAGGAAGAUGGGGGUGAACCUGACCCGGAACAACAAGGAGACGGUGAGGCACAGCGACGUCCUGUUCCUGGCCGUGAAGCCACACAUUAUCCCCUUCAUCCUGGACGAGAUUGGGGCUGACGUCCAGGACAGGCACAUCGUGGUCUCCUGUGCAGCCGGUGUCACCAUCAGCUCUGUGGAGAAGAAGCUGAUGACGUUCCAGCCGGCCCCCAAGGUGAUUCGCUGCAUGACCAACACCCCUGUGGUUGUGCGGGAGGGUGCCACGGUGUAUGCCACAGGCACCCACGCCCUGGUGGAAGAUGGGCAGCUCCUGGAGCAGCUCAUGAGCAGCGUGGGUUUCUGCACGGAGGUGGAGGAGGACCUGAUCGAUGCUGUCACGGGGCUCAGCGGCAGUGGGCCUGCCUAUGCGUUCAUGGCCCUGGAUGCGUUGGCUGAUGGUGGGGUGAAGAUGGGCCUGCCACGGCGCCUGGCAGUCCGAUUGGGGGCCCAAGCCUUGCUGGGGGCUGCCAAGAUGCUGUUGGAUUCAGAGGAGCAUCCAGGCCAGCUCAAGGACAAUGUCUGCUCCCCCGGGGGGGCCACCAUCCAUGCCCUGCACUUCCUAGAGAGUGGCGGCUUCCGGUCCCUGCUCAUCAACGCAGUGGAGGCUUCCUGCAUCCGAACACGAGAGCUGCAGUCUAUGGCUGACCAAGAAAAGAUAUCCCCAGCUGCCCUCAAGAAGACCCUCCUGGACAGAGUGAAGCUGGAAUCUCCCACAGUGUCCACGCUGACUCCCUACAACUCAGGGAGUGUCCUCACAAGAAACCCGGCCCCGGGAGGCAAGAAAGACUAAGGCAGCCCCUGCCCCCCCCUGUGGCCAGAGCCCUCGCCUGAGGGGUCGAGCAAGACAAGGGCAGGCUCAGGUAGUUUUUAGAUCCUUGCUAUAAAAUUUAAGAUUUUCAGGCUCCUUACAUCUGUUCAGACCAAGCAGCCCUCAUUGCCCCUCCUCUCCCAUGUUGGAAGAUGCUUGGCGGGAGUGGUUGAUGCUGGAAGCCAGAUGGAACCAUGCAUACCUCCCACUGUCAGAGCUCCAGCUCAGGUAGGAAGGUCUUGGGAGGACUUUCAACUAUGGUUCUCCAACUGGAGCCCAAAGCAAGGUACAAAACAUGACAAGGGCAUUUCUCUUUGAGAGUGAGGAGCACAAAGUGAGACUGUCCUGUAUUUCACUGUUGUUUCAUAGAUAUACCACUGAGAAAGUAUCGUUCAUUUCCGCUAAGUUUAGCUGCUUUAAUAAAGUUUUAUUUUGUAUUACCCA